AUGACCUUCGCACCUUCUUUAUCAAUUCAGAAAUGCCAUACUUCCAAGCAAAAAUCAUGGACCAAUGAUGAUUCUUUGCCAUGCAAUGAUGGCGUUGCUUGUACUAGAAACGACCAUUGCUCCAAUGGAAGAUGUAUUGGUACUCCAUUCUCAUGCUUAUCAUGUGAAGAAUGUUACAACGAUGCAUGCCGCAUCCAGCCUGGACACUGUAUUAUCAUCGUGGCAGGAGUGAGAACCUGUUUUGCUCAUGGCGAACUGAGGCCAGGAUAUCCAUGCCAGGUAAUUGUGGUGUCAGUGAAUCAUCAUAUAUAAUAAAGCCAAAGGAGUCAAUCGCAGCCGAUUUUUUUUUUAUCAGAUUCAUAUGGAGUACAGUAAUUUAUCUUCAUUAGUUGAGGUUUAGGUGAUGACAAAAGCAAGCAAUCUGGACACUACGUUUUGACUCGCAAUGAAACAUUUCAGACGCUAUUAACCUACACAAAGUGCAUUGCUCUGUAAUCAUACCCAGGCAUGAAAAUAAUCACAUCUCACAUAUGCAUGGUUUGAUAGCCAGAGGGUGUCACAAAUGUGAGCAAGACACAAUAAUUUGCGAUUCCUGUUUUGUUUGCUGGACCAGAAAAAGGCUAUAAUUUGCAUACCAGUGGAUCAUAUAAAUUUCCCUUUUUGUAUUUUUGCUAGAUGAGUUGAGUUUACAAUCUGAAUGAAACGGACCAUUGAAUAUUGCAGCUUAGAGGAAAUGUCAUUCAUAAGAAUAAGUAAACGUUAUUUAUUUCAGCAAUGUGACAGAAAUAACAUAAACAAGUGGACUAUCAACAACAACCUGCCAUGCAGUGACAACAACAUGAGGACCAAGGACGACCACUGUGUGACUGGAAUAUGUGUGGGUACAUUCUACAAUUGUCCCUCAUGUGAAGCACAUGAUGGCAGUGGCUGUCCCAUUAAACCCGGUUAUUGUGUCAUACAGCACCGUGGCCAAAAGACAUGCUUUGCUCGGAAUCAGUAUAAACCUGGAAAUCCAUGUCAGGUGUGUAGUGACUCAAAACAGUACCUUUUAAGUUUCAAACUUGAGGGAUAUCGAUUGACAAUUAUCACUAAAUAUUCCCCUAGAUUUAAUUAGGCCGUGCUGGGUCUCGUGACGCACCUUGACCAAUAGCGUGCGAACAUUAUUUCCUGGAUUACGAUAAUGGCGGUUUUGUUUGGCCUUUAAUUGACAACUAGUCUACCUCUUUAAUCAAUUCAAAGAGAAGUGCAGCAGUUCCUUUGGUAUUCAACUCCUCUUCUUCUAGAAAAUUGCUGAUUAAGGCCUUUUUGGGAAACUAAAGUAAUCUACAAUUGCAUUGUUUUUGGUUUGAUUUUUCUAAAAACUAACCUCACCCUCUUAAAUGUAACACCUUGCAAUUGCUUACUAUGUUUUCCUGUGCCUAAAAUCCCAUUGAUCGCUUUUUAAAUUUGGCAUUGUUUUGAUGGUCCAUGUUAUCCGUUUUGUUACUGUUUGAGCCAAUCAUCAAAAUUCGUUCUAGAGGAGACAUUUUCCAUACUUAGAGGCUAGUGCGAAACCAACGAUACCUCAAUGUAAUUGUAACCGUUUUGAAGUCAGCUUAUAUAACUAUCUAUUUCCAUUUUGCAGUAGCUGACUUUAGUAUUUUAUUAAAUUAUGCUAUGAUAUUUUCUCAAUCUUUUCUUUCACUUUUAGUGGUGUAAUCCAGGAGGCAACAACAACGCAUGGUCAAAUCGAGAUGGUAUGGCAUGUGAUGAUGGAAAUGGGUGCACCCGUGGAGACAAAUGCAUCGGCGGCCAGUGCAGUGGCAUUCCCUUCACUUGCAACUCCCUUUGUCAAUUCUGUAAUGGCACCAGCUGCACCCUGAAAACUGGAUUUGGAUUUGUGAAUAAAACGUGCAUGUGCAAAAUAGCAGGUAACUGAUACACUAUUUGGCAGUAACAGGUUCCUUUAAGCUCUUUCGAUGGUUUGCUGGUUAUGUUGAUUGAAUGAGUUUCAACUUUUGAGUUGGCUCUCACCCAAACAAACUCCUUGUCUACAAUUUUUAAAAUUUUAUUUCAAACCAUGGACUUUGAUAAGAAAAUCGUUUGUUGACAACACGAGAACCAUCAGCAAAUCUAGUUCUGCUGUAGAGCAGAAUGUAAAAUUUGGUUUUCAACUUUUUCUUCAAAGACUUCAGAAUCCAAUAUUCUGUAACAUUACUUUAGUUUUGAGUGACGUUCCUAUGUCGAUACUUUACCUCCCUUAGACAGAGACUAUAGUCACCAAGCCGUAAAUCCAUCAAAUCAGUGUCAGUGGUGUGACCUGUAUGAUACGGCAGCUCGUGCCAACAGCGCUUGGAGUAAUCGUCCAGCGGUGCCUUGCGACGAUGGAAACAAAUGCACAAUGCAAGAUACGUGUAACGCUGGCAGGUGCAGUAUUUCAAAUCUCGUUUGUCAAACUGUUUAUUCAUCGAAUUCGAAAUAAUGCCCUCUUGUCUUUCCCUGAUUCAAGGUUAGCGCAUUCACUUCAUAAUUAUUACUAGUGGAAGGGAUUAUAUUUUGCUACUGGUAUCCCUCUGAAACUGGGGGAUUCCAUUACCUGGCAUGAAAUCAUGUCUUUUUGAUUUGGAUGUCGCAGAUGCAAGCCUAAUUUUAAGUCUGACCUAUAAUUUACAAUGUUUGUUUGUUUGUUUUCCUGUUUGUUUGUUUUGUUUAUUUUCAUUUCCAUUGAGCCUUUUCUUUGUAGAUGGGCAUAUUUCAGUUUCAUUCUUAGUCAACGUUUGAAUUCUUAUUGAUACUCGUGCUCUAGUAAAACUGAGCUUCAGACUGAAGAUUCGCCGCACAGGUUGAUAGCGACUGUAAUAAAACAGUUCAGUAACUUAUUUGUUGACCUUUCAGGUGUGCAGGUCUGGGAUACUCUUGUCACUCGUCUCAACCAACACCAAGUUGUAUUAAGGCCUCUGAAUGUGUUGGGGAUGGCACUUGCAGGCCUUCACUGAAGUCAAAUAGAACCAUUUGUCGACCUGCUCUUGACGCUUGUGAUCAACCGGAGAGGUAAGAUAAAAGAUGUACAUGCACAUAAACUGUCAUUUUUAAGAGACUGUUUGCAGUAUCUUGACUAGUACAAGGAGGAAAUUUAUUCAAACAUGCAUGGAAGAAUAGAGCUCUGUGGAGGUUGAAACAAAAAUAUGCAACUCGAGAAAUGAAAUGCUUUUUCAAAGAUUUGCUCAAACGUGUAAAGCAACUCUCCUCUUUCCUCUUUUUAAGCAGAAAGGAUAGCAGACAGGAGAAAUCAUUUGCGCAACAACCACCUCUUCAUGUUUAGUUCCUGUUGAAAUUUCAGACUUUUUAUCAUGUUCUUUGUUCAUAAGGUGUGAUGGUAUCCUUGGAAGCUGCCCUGGAAUAGUGAGAGAUGACAUUUUCAUUAAAAUUGGCGAGGUGCAUAUUGUCGAUUCAAAGCAACAAUCGCCAAUUCAGUACCAAUAUAUCACAGACAGACUUUUUCUGAAGAUUUCCGGCUUUUCAUCGACGUGUGGUAGCAUCUCUCUCAGAUGGUCCUUACUGUUGGGCUCGUCACCUUGUUCUUUUAAUGUAAAUAUAAGCGGAACUUUAAAAAGUAACAACGAAUAUCAAACUGUUAGAGGACUAAGCCUCCAAGAUAUGACAUCUUAUAAAAUAUUCAUAAGGGCAUCCGACUUGAGAGGGAAAAUUUACCAACCAGUCUGCAGUAAAGCCGUAGUUAUAGAUACCUCAAAGCCACAAGGUGGAUGGGUCCACGAUGGACCUCGAGCCGACCUAAGUUAUCAAGCUUCUGAAUUAAUGCAAGUGAACUGGGGGGGAGUACAGGCAAGACACGGCGUCAGCAAGUAUGAAUGGAAAGUUCUUGUUACCUCAUUGGUCACAAACAAAACCAUCGAGCUAAUGCCGUUUACUACAGCAAACCUCAAUACUAACGCACAAAGGGGUUUUGACAACAUGGAAGAUGGUUCCAAAGUAACAUUUAUCGUCAGAGUCUUCACCAAAGCGGGCCUGUUUUCGGAACUCACAAGCGAUGGAGUCAUAAUUGACACAUCAGCGCCUAUUGCGGGGAAGGUAAAUGACGGUAACCAAAUUGGCAGGGAUUUAAAGUACGCCAACUGGACGAGCACAUUCACCGCAAACUGGGAACAGUUCACCGAUCCACAUUCUCCCAUAGCACGCUACACGUUGGCGGUUCAGCGAGAAGGUACCGGUCUCAUAACCACUUUUAAGGCCACAGCCCAGGACCGUUCGUCCACAGUGGAUAACGUGAAUCUUGUUUCCAAGGAAAGCUACUGCGCAGUUGUCAGAGGCUACAACGAAGCUGGUCUGUACAGCCAAGUAAAGUCUGACUGUUUACUAAUAGACCAUGAUGCCCCACACGCCGGCACUGUCAACGAUGGGCACUUCAGUGACAUUGACUAUCAAUCAGACAAUACCAUGAUCGCGGCAAACUGGCAUGGCUUCACAGACGGGUACAAAGGAAGCGGCAUCUCGGAGUACAAGUACAAAGUUAUGGAUAGCAGUGGUAGCACCAUCAUUCCCUGGACAUCAGCAGGAAAUUCAACGAACAUAACCCAUAAUGGGCUGACUUUGAGUAAUAGCAUAAAGUACUUCGUUAUUGUGAAGGCAAUCGAUGCAGUUGGUCUGAGCGUUGACGUGACUUCGGAUGGCUUUAACGUGGAUAAAACACAUCCAGUGUUUACAGGAAAAAUUACAGUAACUGGUAAGGAUGACGUUCUUAAUGGCACCCCUUGUGUCUACAUACCAAGUAUAUCGUCAGUGAGAGUGAAGUGGUUGGGUUUCUCCGAUGCUCAUAGUGGUCUCAAGAGUUACCUUUGGGCCAUUGUUCUCUCGGAUAGUACACCAAUGGACUCUGACUUCAAAAUUGUGCCAGGACCUAAUUUGCCAACGUCUGCAAGUUUCAGUGGCUUGGCGUUGACUCAAGGAAAAGGUUAUGUUUUCAUCAUAAGGGCUUACAAUGGAGCAAAUAGAUUUAAAGAUGCCCGCUCGGUACUCAUCGUACCUGACUCCACCCCCCCUUCCCCUGGAUAUCUGUUCGAUGGACCUAAUCCCCAGAUAGAUGUCGACUAUCAGGCUGAUUUGAGACAUGUUUAUGCUUCCUGGACAAAGUUCCCAGAGCCGCACACUGAAGUCAAACAGUACUAUCUCGCAGUAGGAAGCUGUAUGACAGGAAACUAUCACGUUACUGGUAACACAUUCAUCGAAGUUUCCCCUUCAACAACAACUUCAUUCGUGUUAGCCAAUGUUUCGCUGACGAAUGGCCAGAAGUACUGUGUAAAACUCAAGGCUGAAAACAAAGCAGGGUUAGUGAGUUUGGAAGUAUCUUCAGAUGGUUUCAUCGCUGAUGCGACGCCUCCAAGUGCACGUAAGGCUCAAGUUCGUGAUGGAAACACUGGUUCAGACCUUGAUUUUCAGGAGAGUAACACAACGUUAUCGUCUCAGUGGGACGAGUUUGCAGAUCCAGAGUCUGGAAUUGAGCGUUAUGAGUAUGGAGUGAGCAGAAAUCGUGCAGGUGUACCCAAUAUUCUCCCGUUUCAAAACGUUGGAAUGAACACUUCGGCUGCUAUGACUGGCCUCACACUUACAGAUGGUGUCUAUUAUGUUCUUGUCUGUGCCUUGAACAAAGCCGGACUUCGUAAAUGCAUAAGUUCUGACGGAGUCCUAAUUGACCUUUCCCUUCCAAGCCAUGGUGUAGUGCAUGAUGGGAUCAUGGCACCUGAUAGGAAUUAUCAGUCCUCUCUAACAAGUAUUGCUGCAAACUGGGAAGGAAUCUGGGAUUUAGACAGCGGAAUUGAGAAAUUUGAAUGGAGUAUCGGCACUAGCAAUCAUGAAAAAACCAGUGUUCUAAACUACACCGAUGUUGGUCUCUCAACACACGUCAGAAGUCACGGAAAUCUAAACUUGAUCAGUGGUAAAAAGUAUUAUGUGCACUUGAAGGUCACAAAUCAGGCGGGAGGUGUUAGGGAACUUUCUUCAGAUGGUAUUGUUGCGGAUGGGACUCCACCAAUCCCUAGCGCAAUUUACCCAGGCUCUGGGUCUAAUAGUAAGUGGAACUACAACGAUCAGGAGCAAGUCUUCUAUUCUGAUGAUACGUCUGCCUUUCAUGUUUAUUGGGACGAAUUUUCUGAGCCUGAGAGUGAAAUUUGGUACUACAAAUGGGCUAUAGGUACAAGCAAGUGUGGGACUCAAGUCCAACCGCUUAUAAACAUCGGGCAAUCAAACUACGUCAACAGUACAAAGACAGACUUGGUUUUUAGAUAUGGAGUGAAAUAUUUUGUCACUGUGACGGCCAGGAACCGAGCUGGUCUUGUCUCACAAUCGUGCUCUGAUGCAUUCAUCUUUGACAGAACGCCGCCUCUGUCAGGAAAAGUCAAUUUCGAAGAAGCGUCAAGUAAAACUGCAAAUAAAACGUUUCUCAGUAACAUUAACGUCUCCAUGUCGUGGGAAGGAUUUACAGAUCAGGAGAGUGGUAUAAGAGCGUGCAACGUUUCAGUACUUGACGGUGCUGGAAAAGCAUUAUUCACCACAUCAUCCAAUGCCUCCUCAGGUAAUCUUACGAUACCCGGUAAUAUUACGCUUCAUCGUGGUGAAUACACUGCCCAUGUAAAGUGCAUCAACAAUGCUCGUCUUUUUUCUAUGUCCUCUGCGUUAUUUGUGAUAGACAAUACACCACCCUUUUCAAAAGGCCCUAUUGUAGCAGGUGUAUCACCUAACGGGUUUUUCCAGUAUCAGUCAGACAACACUUCGAUUACUGCGUCAUGGCCUCCGUUUGCAGACGACGAAAGUAAUGUAGAGAGCUACUUCUGUGCGAUCGGCAGCGAACCAUACAAAGACGAUAUUAUUCCUUUUGAAAAUGUUGGAUUAGCCACUGAGUUAACGGAGACGAACCUCAGAUUAUCUCAUGGAGAAACAUAUUUCAUCACAGUAAUAUCACGAAACCAGGCCGGGCUAAGUUCUAAUAUUACGUCGCUUGGUCUCAAGAUAGAUACAUCACAACCACUUGCCGAGAGCAAAGAUGUAAAAGAUGGCAAAUAUGACGAAGAUAUCGAUUUCUUCUCAUCUGGUAUGGAAUUUUCAGGUCGGUGGGAAGAUAUUACAGAUCCUGAAAGUGGCAUUUCAGAGAGUAAGUACUGUGUAGGGACUAGCCCCUAUGGUUGCCAGAUUAAAGCAAUGACAUCCACUGGCAAGAACAAGUCUUUUGUUUGCCCAGAAUGUGUCGCAAAAGAGGGAGAAAGGGUUUUUGUGACAGUCUGCGUAACGAAUGGUGCCGGUCUAUCGAAAACAGUUUCUUCAGAUGGAAUGCUUUUCGAUAGCACUCCUCCCUCAAUUGACGGUGUUAUUGACGGAAGCCAAAUAGCAGGAAUGGACUCCUUUGCUGUUCUUGAGAACUGGAACGUUUCUGUGUCUUGCUUAGGCGUGGAAGACCCUGAAAGUGGCGUGCAGUCAUGUAUUUGGACCAUUAAAGAUAUCAAUGACGUUGUUCGGUUCGAGAAGAAUAUUACGAGCAACUCUAUUUCCUUGGAAAAAAUUGUUUUCACAGACAGUAAGACAUACAGAGAUCUUGGCAUUGACAAGAGCAUUACAUACUUUAAUGUAUUGACUUGCUGGAAUAAAGCGAAGAUGCAGGCCACUGCACGGUCUGAUGGCUUCCAUGUAAAAACCGUUUGGCCUGUUCCUGGUCGCGUUCGAGACGGUGUGGUAAUGGGGACAGACCUCGAUUAUCUCAACAAUACAAAAGUAAUAGGUGCCAACUGGGACCCAUUUGUUUCUGACAUUAAAGAUCCUGUUGUUAGUUACGAGAUAGCCAUCGGGACAAGUCCGGGCAGAGAAGAUAUCCUCUCUUAUCUAAACAUUGGCCUAAAGAGGAUCAUAGAAAAAGACUUGGCACCAGAAAUUCCUGUCAUAGAUGUAUUAAAGAGUGGUGUAAAGUAUUAUGUAACCGUACGAGGCACAACUUUGAGUGGCCUUAGCUCAGUGGAACAUUCCGAUGGAUUUACUGUAGAUCCCAGCCCACCACUGAAGGCUGAAGUUUCAGUGUCACACACAGUUGUCGAUCAAGAGACGCAAAUGUUUGAAAUCAGCGUUUCUUGGAGUGGCGUUAAAGAUCACGAAAGUGGAAUACGUAGCAGUGCAUACUGUUUGCAGACGAAUCCUCAAACUUGUGGAAGUGGCCCAGUACUAGCAGGCCUAUCUUUACAAGGUGCAAUUGGACCUUUCAGACCUGAUUCCUGGGGAGAAUAUUACGUAACGGUUGUUAUUGAAAAUCGGGCUGGCCUACGUACGGUGAUGUCAUCGAAAAAGCUCACAUUCGACGCUACACCCCCAUCAAAGGGCACUGUUAUUGAUGGAAUAAGCAUGGAUAUCGAUUUUGUGAAUUCUAUGAAUGCCUUGUCGGUUGCAUGGAGAGGCAUCGACGAUGAAGAGUCUGGUGUGGUUAGCUGCUCUUGGGCAAUUGUCGAGCAGACACCCUCAGAUGACAGGUCCUUAUUUGGAAAUGAAACUCUGGUGUUCGCGACAGCAGUAGAAAGCGAAGGGAACCUUACACAGGCAAAUCUUAGCCUUGUUCCAGGAGCUCGAUACAUCAGUGAAAUCACGUGCACAAAUGGUGAUGGUUUCAGAAGCACUUCUUCGUCUGAUGGUGUUAUCGUAGAUUUUACCCCACCCAAGGCUGGACUUGUCUACGAUGGUUCAUCUCUUCUUGCUGACGUUGGCUAUCAGUCAUCAACGAGCUCGGUAGAAGCAGUAUGGACUCCCUUCGAGGAUCAAGAGAGUGGAGUCGUGGAAUACUGUUGGGGUAUAGGAACGGUCCCUGAGGCUACAGACGCCAUGAAGUUUACAACCGUCGGAAAAAAGCUAUCCGCGAAGGCAAUGCAUUUGUCGUUAUCUCAUGGUGCACGGUAUUACAUUACAGUGGAAGCUAAAAAUGGAGCUGGAAUGACAUCACAUAUUUCCUCUGAUGGCUUCGAAGUCGACGCCACUCCUCCUGAACUAACAGAGGUAAAAUUAUCCUAAAAAGUGUUUGUUUGUUUUUCGUAUUUUAAUUUAGUGCCCCUCACAUUCACUGGACUGAGCGAUUAUCUUAGCUUCGUUAGUUGCGGGUUCAUUCAAAGCACGUCACCAUUUAAGAGGUAAUGUGAGAUGCGUUGAAGUAUGAUACAUUAAAUUGAACAUACAGUUACCUGCUCUCGCAGACCUGCAACUCCCACACAGUAAACACAUAGGUUCUUUCUGCAAUUUCUACAAUUCCCCGUAAAUUUACAUAUCUGUGCGUUAUAACUUUCCGCCAAGGUCACAACGGGCUUAAGCCCUUGGAUUGGUCCUUCAAAGAAUCUGCACGCGUCAUGGAAAUCACAGGACCAAGAGAGUGAAAUAAGCCGAACUGAAUUUUGCGUUGGAACACUGCCUGUAGGAUGUCAAAUAAAGUAUAUGACAGAAAUUGCUGCAAAUUCAACCCAAGUUUCGUGUACAGACUGCCAUGUGACUAAUAAUGGAACUUACUAUAUUAGCAUCAGAGUAACAAACGGUGCUGGCCUUUUCACCGUGGUGACAACAACUGGAGUGACAGUUGAUUUGACAGCCCCUUUCCUCGGCGAAAUAGUACCUCAGUUUUAUGUAACAUCUUGCACUUCAAACUGUACUCUAUUGUCGAAUAUCACCAGUGUCGAAGAUGGUGAAAGUGGUAUCAGACUAUGUAGCUUUGCAAUAAGAAACAGCACUGACUUUUUGACAGACUUUAUUGGCAAUGGCUUGAGUAUGAUUGUAAAGGCCACUGGUCUUCUGUUAGUCCCAGGCCAGAGUUAUUUCACACUGGUACGAUGUGAAAACAACGUUGGACUUAUUGCAGAGAGUCUAUCGUCUGCAGUGAUUGUUGAUGAUACUCCGCCGUCAAAGGUAUGAGUUAAUUGUUAGGAAGGGUGGUAGGGACUUUUUUUUUUUUAACGAGCACAAAUUUCCAAAAUAACAAUCUUCCAUAAAUUCUUGACACUAUUGAAAGAGAAACAUUUUAUAAACGAAAAUGCACUUUAAAUUACCUCAGGCUCUCCCCUUAAAAAAAGUAGUAAGAAGAAAAUAAUGCGCUUGAGCUCAACGAGUAAUAAUGACAACAACUUGGUGAAUUAUUAUCAAUGGUUACGCUGUAAAUAGCUCCAGAUUUUAUUUAAGCCAAACCUGUAUUUAUCAUUUCAUAGACCAAAAAAAUUAAGCCCUCUUUUGCGAGUCAAUGAAGUCCUAAUGCAUACAACUGAACGCAAUUUUUUUUUUUACUCCGCAGGGCUCGGUAAUUGUGAGUGACGAUCGUACCCAUGACGUUUUUGGCCUACACUCCAGUUGUCACCUAUUUAACAAAACAAUGCGCGUUCACUGGUUCGGCUUUAAUGAUCUCGAAUCUGAAGUCAGUGGAUUUCGGGUAGCAGUUGGUAAACAUCCAAAUGCCACAGACGUAUUACAAUUCCAAGAUGUUGGCUUGGUAACAAACAUUACACUUCCUUUGUCUAACAUUAGCGUGUUGUUUGAUGGUGACAUUGUUUAUGUUACAGUUGAGUCACGUAAUCCUGCUGGUUUGAUUACCCAAAGUGUAUCCCCGCCGACAAGACUGGUUUCAGUUGAUAACGAAGAGUACCUAGAACAAGGAGACUUCUACUGUUUAGAUUUUUGAACGUUUGAUCAACCAGUAACGUGUAUUUAGUUUCUAACGUGAUACGCGCCAACAUAUUAGAGGUUAAAUAAGUUAAAAAUUUCUUGAAGCCCUCGGAUUUUCUGAAUUUUUGUUCUCAUUUCUAUAAAACACCAGAGUGUCAUCAUUAGACUAAAAUCAGAUUAGACCAUCAUAUUAAAAAUAACUGUCGCUUGGAUUUUUAUGUAAUAAAUAAAACAAAAGAGAAAAAGGCAGUAGUUUCUAAACAAUUUUGAGGGAUAUGUUUGAGAUCACUAUCAAACCUCAAGGACUAAAAGCAAUGGAAAAGUGGC